CCGCCUUCCCUGUGAUCAAACAUGAGUGUGUCCUUCGUCGCAAGACCUUCCUCGUCCUUGUUAUAUAGGAGCAUAACUCCUAAAUCACUUUACAGACCAUCAACUAUUGCGAUAUCUGCCUCAGCAAUUUCCCACCGUCUACCCGUUGUACAAACACGACGUUCACCCAUCAUGACUGACUCCACUCCGAAACAGAGAGCCUUCGAAAAGCCAGCUCUCUUGUACGUCAACGUCCAUGGUUCACGAGACCCCAUCCUCAUUCUUGAUUUCUGUCUCUCUUACAAUGAACAAUAGUGUGUGUGACAUUCAAGAGAAGUUCCGCAACGCAAUCUAUGAGUUUGACAAAGUCGUCUCAACAACCACCAAACUCCUCCGUUUCGCCCACGCCCUUCACAUCCCCAUCUACGUCACCACCCAGACCCGGGCCAAACUAGGCGAAACCGUUUCCGAACUGCAACCCUUUCUCACCCAAAAAGACGGUGGUGGCAGCAGCAGCAGCAGCAGCAGCAGCCUACACCCUCUCGUCGCCGCCGACCUCGACAAAACUCUUUUUGGCAUGUACACGCCCUCUCUCGCCUCUUUGUUCUCCUCCUCGCCCGCCAGUAUCCCCUCGCACAUUGCUCUGGUGGGAAUCGAAUCGCACAUCUGCGUGACGCAGACGUGCUUGGCCCUGCGGAAGAAGCAUCCCAACACCAAGAUCUACGUGAUUGCGGAUGGGGUCUCGAGUUGUAACAAGGAAGAAGUUCCCGUGGCGCUGGCGAGGCUGAGGCAGGAGGGAGUGACGGUCACGACGAGCGAGGGGUGGAUGUAUGAGUGCAUGGGGGAUGCGGGGAUUCCCGAGUUUAGAGAGGUGGUGAAGAUUGUGAAGGAGACGGCGGAGGGGACGAGAGAGGCGUUGAGGGCGCUGGGGCCGCUGGGGGCAAAGAUUUAGCUCUAGGGGUAGUGGUGAGUGGGUGAAAGGUUGAUGAUGGGAUUUGAAUUGCGGCGUUGAGUGCGUGCGGGUUACCAAACAGUCGUUUCCUGGGUAACCUACAGGGGUGCCGGUACGAGAACUCAGAUGAAACAAAACAUAUGUGACAUGAUACGGUCUUCACAAAACAACCAAGUUCAAGUACUCUGUCC